UUAAAACAAUUUUCAAACAUCGUAGUUGUUAUUGCAAUAAAAUUCCAAUCUGAUUUGAUCUGAUCCGAUCGAUUUUUUUCUUGUGAAUUCUACUCGGGAAGUAAAACAAAAAAUGUCAACACAAAUGGAUAUGGGUGGUAAUAAUUCAAUGCAUCAUCAUGGUAUGAUGAUGUAUUUUCAUACAGAAAUUGGUGGUGAUUAUAUUCUUUUUCAAUCAUGGAAACCACAAGAUGGUAAAGAAAUGGCCAUUGCAUGUUUUGCAACAUUAUUGUUUACAAUAUUCUAUGAAGCAUUCAAACUUUUACGAAUUAAAGUACAGAAAAAACUUUUGGAUAAUGAUUCUGGCAACAAAUAUACAAAUAUUUAUCAUAUAUUACAAUCAUGUUUACUUGGUUUACAAUAUCUAAUAUCAUAUUGUUUAAUGUUAAUCGCCAUGACUUAUCAAUUUUAUCUUAUUUUAUCAAUUGUUAUUGGUGCUUUUAUUGGUAAUUUAAUAUUUGCACCAUUGUCUAUUGAUUCGAAUAGUGGUUCAGCUGAUUUUGGUGAUCCUUGUUGUGGAUAAUUUUACCUCCAACGUUUGACCUGUUUGUCGUUAUCGAUUGUAAAAAGUUGAAUGAUUUUUUUGUUUUGUUGAAUAAAAUUGAUUUGUUUGU